AUAAUUUUUAUAUACUUGGCCCAAGUGAUUCGAUGGUUAGAUUAUGUGAGAUUACAUUGAAAUCCUGUGUGAUUCGGGUUUUUGUGGUUAGGCUUUGAGAACUGUAAAUCAACUAAUAAGAUUUGCUGUAUGAUCAUUUAAUAAGAACAUAAGAAUGGCCAUACGGGUCAGACCAAUGAUCCAUCCAGCUCAGUAUUCUGUCUUCCGACGGUGGCCAGUACCAGAUGCUUCAGAGGGAAUGAACAGAACAGGGUAAUUAUCAACUGAUCCGUCCCCUGUCGUCCAGUCCCAGCUACUAGCAGCCAGAGGUUUAGGGAUUCCCAGAACAUGGGUUUGUGUCCCUGAAUAUCUUAGUUAGAUGAGCCUGUCCUCCAUGAACUUACCUAAUUCUUUUUUGAAUCCAGUUAUACUUUUGGCCUUCACAACAUUGAGUUUCACAGGUUGACUGUGUGUUGUGUGAAGAAGUACUUCCUUUUGUUUGUUUUAAACCUGCUGCUUAUUAAUUUCAUUGGGUGACCCCUUGUUCUUGUGUUAUGUGAAAGGAUAAAUAACAUUUCCCUAUUCACUUUUUCCAUAAUGUUCAUGAUUUUAUAGACUUCUAUCAUAUUCCCCCACUUAGUUGUCUCUUUUCCAAGCGGAACAGUCCCAGUCUUUUUUAAUCUCUCCUGAUAUGAAAACUCUUCCAUACCCCUAAGCAUUUUUGUUGCUCUUCUCUAUACCUUCUCAAAUUCUAUUUGAUGGUGACCAGAACUGCAUGUAGUACUGAAGGCAUGGGCAUACAUUGGAUUUAUAUAGUAGCAUCAUAAUAUUUUCUGUCUUAUCUAUUCCUUUCCCAAUGGUUCCUAUCAUUCUGUUAGCUUUUUUAACUGCUGCUGCACAUUGGAAGGAUGUGUUUAGAAAACUACCCACGAUGACUCCAAAAUCACUUUCUUGAGUGGUAACAGGUAAUUUAGACCCAAUCACUUUUAUGUAUCCAUUGCUUUGCACUUAUCAACACUGAAUUUCAUCUGCCAUUUUGUUGUUCAGUCACCCAGUUCAGUGAGAUCCCUUUGUAAUGUUUUGCAGUCAGCUUUGCACUUAACUAUCUUGAGUAAUUUUGUUAUCAUCUGCAAAUUUUACUACCUCACUGUUCACCGCCUUUUCCAGAUCACAUAUGAAUAUAUUAAAUAGAUUUAUAAGGCCAGAAGGGACCAUUGGUGAUCAUGUACACUGACUUCCUGCAUAAUGCAGGCCAGAAGACUUGCAUGAAUUAUAUCCUGUUUGAACUAGAGCAUAUCUUUUUAGAAAAACAUCCAAUCUUAAUUUCAAAGUUUCCAGUGAUACAGAAUUCACCAUAUCCCUUGGUAACUGGUUCUAAUGGUUAAUUACCCCCACUGUUUUUUUAAGUGCUUUAUUUUGAGCCUGAAUUUAUAUCUCUUCAGCUUUCAGACAUUGGAUCUUGCUAUGUCUUUGUCUGUUAGACUGAAGAGCCCUCUUGCAAAUUUCUGUUUGUAGGUACUUAUAGUCUGUGAGCAAGUCAUCCCAUAAAUUUCUCUUUGAUAAACUAAAUAAAUUGAGUUCCUUGGGUCUAUUACUAUAAAUCAUGUUUUCCAGUCCUCUGAUGGUUCUUGUGGCUCUUCUCUUAACCCUCUCUAAUUUUUCAACAUCCUUCUUGAAGUGUAGACACAGAAUGGGACACAGUAUUCCAACAGUGGUUGCACAAGUGCCAAAUACAGAGGUAAUAUAAACUCCCUACUCAUAUUAAAGAUUCACCUGUUUAUUCUUCCAUGGUUCACAUUAGCCCUUUUGGCCACAGUGUCACACUGCCAGGAGUUCAUGUUCAGCUGAUUAUCCACCUUGACACCCAAGUCUUUUUCAGAGUCAUCGUUUCCCAGAAUGAAGUCCCUGGUCCUGUAAGUAUGGCCACACAUUCUUUAUUUGUAGAUGUAUGACUUUAUGUCUGGCUGUAUUUAAAGGCCUAUUGUUUGCUUGCAACUAGCUUACCAUGUGAUCACUUUGUGUCAGUGACCUAUCCUAUCCUAUCCUAUUCAGUGUUUAUCAUUCCCCCAAUCUCUUCUGUCCUCUGCAAACAUUUAUCAGUAAUGAUUUUAUGUUUUCUUCCAAGUCAUUGAUAAAAAUGUUAAAUAGCAUAGGACCAGGAACCUCACUAGAAACAAACCUGCUCGAUGAUGAUCCCCUGUUUACAAUUACAUGUUGAGACUUAUCACUUAACCAGUUUUAAUCCAUUUAAUGUGUGUUAUUAUGACUUUGAUUUGUUCUAGUUUUCUAAACAAAAUGUCCGUGGUACCAAGCAGAGGUGACGUGGGGGGAGGGCACGUGGAGUUAUAUGCCCCCCUGCCAGAUUAUUGCCAGGGUUUGGUGGCCCUGCUUGGUCACAUGGUGUGGCUGGGUCCCCUCCCUGCACAGCAGCUGCUGGAGCAUGCAAGCUGGGAGCUGCUGCCAUGAUGGGAGAGGCAGCAGUAAACAGCUGGGAGCUGCAGGGAGGAGCUGCUGAGGAAAAAUUAACUUUGAUCACUGCCUAGUCCGACAAUCAAGAGAAAGUAGGAAAGAGGUUCUGUGCGUGGUCAUGGAAAGUAUUAGAACAACACGGCAAUGCUCAUUAUCUGUGCAUGCUGGUAUGCGUGGGGAAACAAUGAGGUUUCAUAUUAUUGAGGACCAAAAUCACAAGGGACGAGACAAAGCUAUUGUUUUUCCAGCUCACACAACUAUUGCAUUUAGUGUAUUUGAACUUUAUAUUCACUUAGAUGGUAAUUUUGAGUUCUGUGUCACUCCAGUUUCAAAAGGAGGAUUUGAAAAAGAGCAAUCUGGAUCAUUUUCAUUGAACAAAUUAAGGAGGAAUCUGUUCCACCGAAAUAAAAGGGUAAUGGAUAUCAUUGCUAAUUCAGAUGCUUACUUGGAGGACCUUUUUACAGACUAUUAUGAAAAAGCUGCAAGCAUGACUGAUAUCUCUACAAGCUAUCUCAGAGAAGGGUCUCAUAUCCGGGUUAAUUUACUUAAUAACAACAUCCCAAAAGGUCCUUGUGCCCUUUGUGGAAUGGGAAAUUCUAAAAGAGAAACAGUUUAUGGAUGCCUAGAGUGUUCUUUUAAUGGACAAAAGUAUGUACGACUGCAUGCUGUGCCCUGCUUUGAUGUCUGGCACAAGAGAGUGAGAUAAAUGAUCUAUGAAUGUGACUAUUGUUAUAGACUUCAGUGUAACUGUGCCACAACAUUUCCAAAAUUGUUGAAUAUUGAGUUAAGUUCAACAGACAUUAAAAGUGCAAAAUAUUUGGUUAUGCUAUUUCCUUUUUUAUUGUAAAGUGAUUCUUUUAUUUUACAAUAAAGAUAAUUAUAUUACCUA